CCCAAAGUUCAAACUUCAGUCAGUCAUUAACUAACAUGCCUAAACGAACCUCCCCUCUCUCUGUCCUGCUCAUUUGCUCUCAUCCUCUCAGUUUAUUUGCACUAGAAACAUUGCACAGAACAGUGAUUGUGUCAGUCUUGCCAGACAUAAUUACAGGUGUCCCUGAUGUCUGGUCUGUAGAGAUCUGUGUCGAAUCCAAAAGGUGUCAGUCCAUAUAUGUGUGAAUGAAUGCACACAUGAGCUGUGGUGUUUGCUGAAUGAGAUUUGAAACUGCACGAUAUUGAAGCGUAGUGCUGCAGUGGCUCACUUCUGCAGCUCUUAAGAUAAGCUUUGUGCUGGGAUCAAUAAUUCACCACUUUAGGUUUUAUCAAAACAACUUUUCUUAACAUCUUCAGCAAGUGUCUGAGCAGUGGAGAUGUGUUCUCUUCUGCGGCCGCCGACGUUCAGUCGUUUUAUAUCUGUGCGGCUCAAGAGCGUGGCCGCCUCUCAGUCCCUGCCGGCCAAACGUGACCGAAGCCUCUGUAACCCCUCAUCGCCUGACUUUCUGACCUUUGAGGAUCCUCAAGCAUUCAAGGUGAAGAGUUUCUGGGAGCUGAUCCGAGCUCUCGGAGUCUUCAGGCUUUGCUCCUUCCCUGUGCUGGUUAAUAACUGUAGUAAGCUGAUGGCCAUUACGAGGAAGGUUUUGGGUCAGCGAUGUUUCUGCAUGGUCGUGCGUCCGUCUGUGUAUGCUCAGUUUGUGGCCGGUGAAACAGAAGGUGAGAUCGCAGACUCCAUGCAGAAGAUGAGCUCACUGGGGCUCCACCCCAUGCUAGCCGUCCCCAUCGAAGAGGACCUGGGAGAGAGCACCGGGGAACGUCGAUAUGAAGACAACCUGGCGUCCAUGCUGGAGUGUGUGCACAUGUCUCACAGCAAAGGCUGGAGUAAAAAUCCCAUGAUGCAGCUGAAGAUCACAGCUCUCGUCAGCCCUGAGCUGUGUGUGAAGCUGACUUCUCUGCUGAAGAUGGAGCAGUAUGAUCUGAACAUGCUUGUGAGAGCCAUGGAGGGAAAGGAGGUCAUGUUUCCUGGUCUGAGCGAGAGUGAAAACACACACUUCCUGCUGGGCCUCCAGAGACUCAACAGAAUCGGAGAGGCGAGUGUUAAUAAAGUACGAGUUUUGGUGGACGCGGAGUACACGUACAUGAAUCCUGCCCUGUCACUCAUCACCGCAGCCAUGAUGAAGAAGUUCAAUCAACAGAGCGCCUGGAUCUGGAACACGUAUCAGUGCUACCUGAAGGAAUCAAGGAAUCUACUGCUUGAUGCCAUUCAGACGUCCAUCGAUCAGUCUUUCUGUUUCGGUGUUAAGCUCGUCAGAGGUGCUUACAUGGACAAAGAGAGAAAACUAGCUGAGAAAGAAGGGCGAACGGAUCCAAUCCAUGAAUCAUGGGAGCGAACUAAUGACAGUUAUAACGGAUGUCUGGAGAUCAUGCUGAGGCUGGUUUCAGAGACACCGGAGCGCUACAUGAUAAUUGUGGCCACUCACAAUGAAGAAUCAGUGCGGCGCGCCGUGACACGCAUGGAGGAGCUGGGGCUUGACAGAGACACAGACGCGGUGUGUUUUGGUCAGCUGUUGGGCAUGUGUGACCACGUGUCUCUCACUCUCGCGCAGCAUGGUUUCUCUGUGUAUAAGUCUGUGCCAUACGGCUCGGUGGAGGACACACUGCCGUAUCUGGUCCGCCGUGCUCAGGAGAACCGCACCGUGCUCCAGGGAAUCCGUAAGGAACGAGACCUGCUCCGACGGGAGCUGCGCCGCAGACUCAAAGAGAAGAUCACAGGCACAGCCUAAAGACUCUCACACAGGGCUAUCACACAGAGCCCCGCAGACACAUACCAUGUAGCUUUCAAAUAAGCCUGAAGGACUUGAUUAGUUGGAUCAGGUGUGUUUCGUUGAGGUUGAAUCUAAACUCUGCAGGGCUCUGGUCCUCCAGGGACUGAGUUUCACAUCCCUGCUUACAUCAGAACUGGGAUGAUGGCCGUGCAUUCGAGGCAUUAGCCUUUGAAAGAUGCGAACAAUAGUGUCUUCUAGUAGAUGUUAAUAAUGAUUUGGGAUUAAAAUGAACAUGAAUUCAAAACUGGCCCUUUUUAAUGCAUGUUCCUGGUGUUUCUGUGCACAAUUCACCAGUGCAAAUUAUUCCAAAGGAAAAAAAAGUCUGCCUUUGUAACACACAUUAUUGGGAACAAUUAAGAUUUAUAUCAUUUAUUCUAAGGAGUCUCUUCUGCUCACCAAGACAUCAUUUAUUAGAUCAAAAACACAGUAUAUUGUGAAAUAUUAUUAGUUUAAAACAGCUGUUUUCUGUGUGAAUCUGUGUUAAAGUGUAAUGUAUUUCUGUGAUGCUCCGCUGUAUUUUCAGCAUCAUUCCUCCAGUCUUCAGUGUCACAUGAUCUUCAGAAAUCAAGCACUAUGAACUUUGCCUUGGUCAUAAACCAAAGAAAAUCAAAUAAAAUAUAUUAAAAUAU